AUGUUCUUCUCUCACGCUGCUAUUGCCCUCUUCGCCACGGGCCUUACUUCCGCCGCUCCGGUCAUGGAGAAGCGUGAUGGCCCAACUGAUGCUGAUAUCCUCAACUAUGCCCUUACCCUGGAGCAUCUCGAGGACACCUUUUACCGUCAAGGCUUGGCCCAGUUCUCUCAGCAGCAAUUUGCUGAUGCCGGCUUUGAUUCCGACUUCUAUAAUAACCUGAAUGAGAUUAGUCAAGACGAGAGCGACCACGUCAACUUUCUCACCACUGCUCUCAAGGGUGCUGGCGCGACUCCUGUUGAUGCCUGCCAAUACAACUUUGGUUACACUGAUGUCAAGACUUUCCUCCAGACCGCCUCAAUCCUUGAGGGUGUUGGUGUUUCUGCAUACCUUGGAGCUGCCGCCGACAUCAUGAACAAGGGAUACCUAACCGCCGCGGGCUCUAUCCUGACAGUUGAAUCGCGUCACUCGGCGUAUCUUCGCGCCAACCUGGACCAGUCCCCCUUCCCUCAACCCUUUGACACUCCCCUUACCCUCGAUGAAGUCUACUCUUUGGCUUCGCAGUUCAUCGUGUCCUGCCCGGCGAGCAACCCGCCUCUGCCGGUCAAGGCCUUCCCCAAGCUCACCUUGGCUCCCUCUACCACGAUGCCCGUCACGACUGGUAACACCAUCACUCUAUUGACUCCCAACUACGUUAUCCAGGCUCCUAGUGGGGGUAAGGUUUAUGCUGCCUUCAUUGCCGUCACCGGACCUACGUUUGUUGAAGCAAUGCCUGUCGACGGCGGUUUUACUGUGGUUGUACCUAGCGGCUUUGCGGGCCAGACUUACGUCGUCCUUACUGGUUGCAACGAGUCUGUCACUGAUGAUACCGUCGCUGCUGGACCUGCCAUCAUUGAGAUCUCUUAA